AUGCCAGGGCCGGGAGCAACGCCGCACCGCACACCCCUGCGACGCAUUUCGCAGGGCUCCCUCUUCGCCCUCUCGCGCUCGAGCGCGUUCCCGGACGCCCCCCAUGGCCUCGGCUUCCUGGAGCCCGCCAUGUCCGAGCUGCUCGACGAAGCCGAGGCGUUGCAGGCCAAUGUCGAGGGCCUGAAAGGCCUGAGCGAGUCGCUCGAGACCUUCAACGAGGCGUUCGCGAGCUAUCUGUACAUGAUGACGAUGAACUCGCUGACGGUGGACUGGCCGCAGGAACCCACAGAGAUUUCGUACGAGUUGGCGAAGCGCAGAGCAGAGCAGGAAGCCUUGGCUGCGGCGCAACCACCUCCCCCCGAACCUGAGCCCUCACGCUCCGACAAGACAGCGACGGAGGGGCCCGCGGAAACGACAUACACCGGGGACGCUACGACAUUUGUGACGGCUCCAACUGAGCCGGAGGCACCCAGACCUAAGAAGAAGGGAAAGCCAAAGCUUACUGCGAAGGAGAAGAAAGAGCGGGCUGUGUAUAUUGAGAAAGUAGUACAGACUCUACCGCUCGAGUUCCGAGGGAACGACCCGACCUUGCGCCGACACGUCGAGAUGGUUAUCACGCCCCUCAUGGAAAGAGCCGGCGAAGGUGUUAGACUGCACGAGCUGAUAGUGCCUCCAGACCUGAACCAGGCGCGGGUGAACAAGUGCCUAAUUGUCCUGGUCAACAGGAGGGUCGUGCAGAAGGACAACAGCACUGGCCAAGUGUUGUACUACUGGGUCGGUUUACCCGCCUGACCCUGUUUUUGUAUGUUGCACCCCGACCGAUGUAUUGAUAACCCUCGCUACGUCCUUGUAUUCAUACCAUGCUCAUUCGGAAACGCCCCUAUUUCCGUGGCACGUGCGG